AAUGAUCUAAGCACUCGGUAAGACUGAUGGGUACUGAAAACAGUUCUCCAUUCAGGGGGAGCGCGUGAGGAUUUUAAUGCAUCAAGUGAAACUCCGACUUUAGAACUAUUUCCUUUACUGACUGUAAUGAUGCAUUUUAUCAGAUUCACAUUACCCGGGAGGUACUUUUAAGAGGGAAAAAAAAAAUCUUACUCUCAUGAUGGAAAACAAUAUGCCUGCAAAUUUUCCAUCAUUUAGCCAGACGCCGUCAUCUGUCAUCAAUGGCACCGUCUCUUUCCCAUCCUGGAACGACAGUGCCCUUUUCUACCGAGAAGAGAGUGUCGACUCGUCCCCUGGUUUGGAAGUCCUGGCAACUAUUUCUGUCACAUAUGCUCUUAUCAUUUCAGUCGGUCUCCUAGGGAACACAAUACUUAUCAAAGUAUUUUUCAAGAUUAAGUCGAUGCAAACCGUUCCGAAUAUCUUCAUCACCAGCCUUGCUUUUGGAGAUUUGCUUCUUCUGCUGACAUGUGUUCCAGUGGACGCCUCUAGGUAUAUGGUGGACACGUGGCUUUUUGGAAAAGUUGGCUGCAAGGUGAUCUCUUUCAUACAACUCACAUCUGUUGGUGUAUCUGUAUUUACACUGACUGUUCUUAGUGCUGACAGAUACAAAGCUAUAGUAAAGCCUUUGGAGCUGCAAACAUCAGAUGCGGUAUUGAAGACAUGUGGUAAAGCUGCUUGUGUCUGGAUCAUUUCUAUGUUACUGGCGACUCCAGAAGCGGUGUUCUCAGAUCUGUAUGAAUUCAGCAGCCCAGACAAAAACUCAUCCUUUCAAGCCUGUGCUCCUUAUCCCGUCUCUGAAAAAAUACUACAAGAGGCUCAUUCCCUGAUGUGCUUCCUGGUGUUUUACAUCGUACCACUAUCAAUCAUUUCUGCCUACUAUUUCCUUAUCGCUAAAACACUGUACAAGAGCACAUUCAACAUGCCAGCUGAGGAGCACACUCAUGCCCGCAAGCAGAUCGAAUCCCGAAAAAGAGUCGCAAAAACAGUACUCGUGUUGGUUGCUCUGUUCGCUUUCUGCUGGCUGCCUAACCACAUCCUUUACUUGUAUCGAUCCUUCACCUACGACACAGCAGUGAAUUCCUCCAUGCUCCACCUCUCUGCCACCAUUUUUGCCCGUAUACUGGCAUUUAGCAAUUCCUGUGUGAACCCCUUUGCUCUCUACUGGCUCAGCAGAAGCUUUAGACAGCACUUCAAGAAGCAGGUAUACUGCUGCAAGAGACAUCCACCGCCGAGCCAACCGAGCCCAACUCACAGCAGCACUACUGGAAUUACAGCCAUUAAAGGAAACAUGCAGGUGUCUGAAAUAAGCAUUGGCUUAUUGGGAGCCUAUGACAUGAAGCCAGAAAGUGACAGUGUUUAGUUAUGUUAGAAAUGAAGGAACUGACAAAAAAAGACUAUAAAUAUGUGUUCUGGUAAUGUAGGGACUGGGGAGUCAGUGGUUGCCAACUGUGAUAUAAACUGAAGGCAAAUGCAAUGUCAUUCCUGUUCAUGUCAACCAGUGUUUGUUUUUUUAGGAGGUUUUGUUUUCCACCCCUUGUCUCUACAACAUUACCCUAAAUUCUCCUAAACUGCGGCAAGUGCCAAAACAUAGAAAUGGCCAAAGCAGCAUAAAAUUCUCAUUUGCUCCAGAGCCCAGUUCCAAGCAUUGUUGUUUGGACACAGGGCUGGUGCAAGGAUUUUUGACACCCUAGACAAAACCUCAUUUUGCUCUACCCCUGACU